GCUUUACGGCUGCCUCUCCCGGACUGGAGCCCGGGAGCGCCCACCGCCGUCAGCCCUAUCUCUACGAGUCGGCCCGGCGGAGACUGAGAGACCCGGCGCGCCGCUGCCCUCCCCGCCGCGCCCGUUUCAGCCCUCGGCGAUGUGAGCUCGAGGAGGCUGCGGUGCCCCCCGGCCCGGGGUUGAGACGGGCGGCAGGUGCCUGUGAGGCGGGCGGGUGCUGGGGGCCUGCAGGAUGGAGGAAAGCAUGGAAGAGGAGGAGGGGGGCAGCUACGAGGCGAUGAUGGACGACCAGAACCACAACAACUGGGAGGCCGCCGUGGACGGCUUCCGGCAGCCCCCCCCACCCCCUCCGCCCCCCUCUUCGAUCCCAGUCCCUGCCCGAGAGCCUCCGGGGGGUCAGCUGCUGGCGAUGCCUGCGGUCUCCGUGGACAGGAAAGGCCCCAAGGAGGGGCUCCCGAUGGGGCCACCGCCGGAGCCGAAUGGGGUGAUCAUGAUGUUGAAAAGCUGCGACGCGGCUGCCGCCGUGGCCAAGGCGGCCCCCGCCGCCACCCCCAGCUCCAGCAUCAACAUCAACACCUCCACCUCCAAGUUCUUAAUGAAUGUUAUAACUAUUGAAGAUUAUAAGAGCACAUACUGGCCAAAAUUGGAUGGUGCCAUAGAUCAGCUUUUAACUCAGAGUCCUGGUGACUAUAUCCCCAUAUCCUAUGAACAGAUAUACAGUUGUGUGUAUAAAUGUGUAUGCCAGCAGCACUCGGAACAGAUGUAUAGUGAUCUGAUUAAAAAGAUAACUAAUCACUUAGAAAGAGUCUCAAAGGAGCUGCAGGCCAGCCCUCCAGAUCUCUAUAUUGAAAGAUUUAAUAUAGCUCUUGGACAGUAUAUGGGAGCAUUGCAGAGUAUUGUGCCUCUUUUCAUAUAUAUGAAUAAGUUUUACAUCGAAACCAAGCUUAACAGAGACUUAAAAGAUGACCUUAUAAAGCUGUUUACGGAACAUGUUGCAGAAAAGCACAUUUACAGCCUAAUGCCUUUACUUUUAGAAGCCCAGUCAACACCAUUUCAGGUCACACCUUCAACUAUGGCAAAUAUUGUGAAAGGCCUGUACACUCUCAGACCAGAGUGGGUUCAGAUGGCUCCGACUCUGUUUUCUAAAUUUAUUCCAAACAUUCUCCCUCGUGCGGUGGAGUCUGAACUUUCUGAAUAUGCUGCUCAAGAUCAGAAACUUCAAAGAGAACUUAUACAGAAUGGUUUUACAAGAGGUGACCAGUCCCGGAAGAGAGCUGGGGAUGAGUUGGCUUAUAACAGCUCAUCAGCAUGUGCAAGUUCCAGAGGGUACAGAUAGUGAAUGUAUUGAAUGUACUUUCCUUCCUGAAAAGAGGACACACUGGAGCUGCAGAGACAGUAUGCAGAGCACAGCGGGGUCCUG